CUUUUUUUGGUUGAAUGUUCUCUGUUCUAAUUUUCCACCGCCCUCCCAUGCAAUACCUUUAUUUAGCUCUCUUUAACAUGUUGCUAUCAUAUUCCUCCAUAACACACUAUUAAAAAUAAAAUAAAAACCAGAGUUAAACCAUGAGUGAUAAUCACAGAAUUGUCAUCUUUAUUGGGCUUUUUCUUACUUUGACAUCGAUUCGAAUUACAGAUGGUUCCGUUGUUUCAACAGGGGACUUCAACAAGGAUUUCUUUGUGACAUGGUCUCCUAGCCAUGUAAAUACUUCAGCUGAUGGCAGGACAAGGAGUAUGAAGCUCGACCAAGAAUCAGGUGCUGGUUUUGCUUCAAAUCAGAUGUUUUUGUUUGGACAAAUUGACAUGCAAAUUAAACUAGUACCAGGUGAUUCAGCAGGCACAGUUGUGGCCUAUUAUCUGACAUCUGAUCAACCUAAUCGUGACGAAGUAGACUUCGAGUUCCGUGGAAAUGUGGCAGGCAAAUGUUAA